CCUUACUUACCACAUGCAGUUUAUUAUACACGUCGUGACCGUGAUAAUUGCUUUUAUAAUGCCAGUCGUAAAGAAAUUGAUCAGAUGAGGAUGAAUCAUCUGACUGGCCAAUAGUUAUUGGAAUGAUUCUUCAUGCGUGACUUUGUUGCAUUAUUACAAAAUGUGGCAGGAUAGACCUGCCCAGCUCUCUUGGCAGAUGUUCAUUUGUAACGCUGCCCUAAGGAGAUGAGGAGAUGGAAGCAAAUUGUUCCAGCAGCUCAGCCUGCCCUGCCAACAUUUCAGAAGAGGAGCAGCCUGUGGGGCUGCCGGCACCUGGGAACCUGGAACUUGUUUUUGCAGUGGUGUCAGUCUUGAUGAUGAGCCUGCUCAUGUUCUCGCUGGGAUGCUCUGUGGAGAUCAGGAAGCUAUGGCUGCACAUCAAGAGACCCUGGGGCAUUGCUGUGGGACUGCUCUGCCAGUUUGGGCUCAUGCCUCUUAUAGCUUAUCUUCUGGCCACCAGCUUCUCUCUGAAGCCUGUCCUAGCUAUUGCUGUUCUCAUCAUGGGGUGCUGCCCAGGAGGAACCAUCUCUAACAUCUUCACCUUCUGGGUUGAAGGAGAUAUGGAUCUCAGCAUCAGUAUGACGACCUGCUCCACGGUGGCUGCCCUGGGAAUGAUGCCACUUUGCCUCUAUCUCUACACCUUGUCCUGGAAUGUUGAGCAGAAUUUCACCAUUCCAUAUCAGAACAUAGGAAUUUCCCUUUUGUGUCUGACUGUUCCUGUGGCCUUCGGAGUCUAUGUGAAUUAUAAGUGGACAAAACAAUCCAAAAUCAUCCUCAAGAUUGGGACCAUUGUUGGUGGGGUCCUCCUUUUGGCGGUCACUGUUGCUGGUUUGGUGCUGGCAAAAGAAUAUUGGAAUCCAGACACCGCCCUGCUCACCAUCAGUUUCAUCUUCCCUUCGAUUGGCUAUGUUGCCGGCUUUCUACUGGCACUUCUUACCCACCACUCUUGGCCGAGGUGCAGGACAAUUUCCUUAGAAACUGGAGCUCAGAAUAUUCAGAUGUGUAUCACCAUGUUGCAGUUGUCUUUCACUGCUGAGCAGAUGGUCCAGAUGAUUUGCUUCCCCUUGGCCUACGGACUCUUCCAGAUGGUGGAUGGAAUUCUCAUUGUUGCAGCAUAUAAGGUGUACAAGAGGAGAUUGAAGAACAAACACAGGAAAAGGAAUCCAGGUGGUGCUGAAGGCUGCCAUAACAAGCAACCCACCUCUUCCAAGGAGACCAGUGCUUUCUUGGAGGUGAAUGAAGAAGUUGCAGUAACUCCCGGGUCACCAGAACCUAUGGAUUCCCAUAUGAUUCUCGAACCAACAGGCCACAUCUCUUCAUGUGCGUAGUAGGGGCUUGCUGCCUGACUGGACACUGACUUCCUUCACAACCAGUAAAGAGAGGUCAGAACUGAUGCGUGGGUCUCAUUGGCAGGGCCUGUGGGAAUAUUUAUAUUUUUGUGUGGCUUGUAAUCAUCAGGAUACACUUUGGAGAAGGUACUCUGCCUGUUUCAGGGAGUCCUUCUGGGGUUUACACAGCACAUUCUUCCCGUGCAGUGAAGAGUGAUGCCCAUUGUGUGAUGUCAUCCUCAGGUGGACUUCAGUCUCAGAAGGGCAGGGAUUCUACAUGGAGCAUCUCGUACUUCAGGGCAAGGACAGAGUCUGAACCCACUUGAUUUUGGGAAGGUCCUUUGGAACAUUGGUGAGGAAGCCUACAACUCUUAUUAAAAAUGGGGCCUUUUCCAAAGUGAUUCAAGUCUUUUCAGAUCAUGGAUGAAAUACACAUUUAGAGGCAAUUUAAUAAUCACUGAGGUUAAAGGGUAAAUAUCCCAUAUCUUCACUUCCCAGUGAUAGGCACAUGUAUAACCUCUUGAUUUUUGUUUACACAUGUAAGUUUAAAAAUAUUGGGAUUAUCCCACUUACAGUUUUGCAAGUCACUUAAUGACACGUCUGGAGCAUCUUUACAUGUCAGUCUGUGCUGACCUACCUCGUUCUUCAGAACAGUGGCUUCAAGGAAGGAUUUCAUUGCAUGGAAGGGUUCAUUUGUUUAACCAUUCCUCACUCAUGGACAUUUAGUUAGCUUUCGAGUUGCUGGCAUUGCAAUGCUGCUACAAACACUCCUGCCCUUCUGCAAGUGUUGUAGGUCAUUCCUGCAAUGGGGAUCGCCAGGCUGAUGGCACGUGGAACGCUGGCCGGCUGCUCCCGGCCACGCGUGUGCAUUCCAGUGCCUGGGAGGAACUGGGUUCCUGUAGUCGCACCGUCUACACGAUGAUCAAUUUUUUUGUGUGAAACUAUCUCAUGUAAAAUUGCAUUUAAAAAAUUAUGAGUAAAGUAUUUUU